AUGCCUGUCGUUAAUGUAGAUGACCUCGUCCGUCUCCAGCAGAGAUCUCAGGACAUACGGAAUAUUUGUAUUCUUGCGCACGUUGAUCAUGGAAAAACCUCAUUAACAGACGGCCUCAUUGCCACAAAUGGCAUCAUCUCACCCAAACUGGCGGGCAAGAUCCGCUAUCUGGACUCACGUCCCGAUGAACAGCUUCGAGGCAUUACGAUGGAGUCCUCGGCUAUCUCGCUAUAUUUUUCUAUGAUGCGCCGGUCUUCCCCAGAGGCUGCACCGCAGCCCAAGGAGUACCUGAUCAAUCUGAUUGACUCUCCCGGCCACAUCGACUUUAGCAGCGAGGUAUCAACAGCAUCACGGCUCUGUGAUGGAGCCUUGGUCCUUGUUGAUGCUGUUGAAGGUGUAUGUAGUCAGACGGUUACUGUUCUACGUCAGACCUGGGUCGACCAACUGAAGCCCAUCCUUGUUAUUAACAAGAUUGACAGACUGGUGGGGGAACUGCAGAUGAGCCCCAGCGAGGCUUACUCCCAUCUGAGCAGACUCUUGGAACAAGUGAACGCAGUAAUUGGAAGCUUUUACCAAGGCGAACGGAUGGAAGAAGAUCUUCAAUGGCGAGAGCGUAUGGAAGACCGUAUCAAUGCUUCCGCCACUCGAACUUCGCAGAAGCAGGAACAAGACGACGAGUCCAACUUGAGCACCGCCGAAGACGCAGAGUUCGAAGAACGAGACGACGAAGAUCUGUACUUUGCCCCUGAGAAGAACAAUGUGAUUUUCUGCAGUGCCAUUGAUGGCUGGGCGUUUACGGUCCGCCAAUUCGCCGCAUUGUACGAAAAGAAAUUGGGAAUCAAGCGGUCCAUCCUUGAGAAAGUCCUUUGGGGAGAUUUUUACCUUGACCCGAAGACCAAACGUGUUCUGGGGCAGAAGCAUCUGAAAGGACGGGUACUCAAGCCUAUGUUUGUGCAGUUGGUGCUCGAUAGUAUCUGGGCUGCGUACGAAGCUACAACUGGAGGAGGAAAGGGCAAAGGUGACCCGGUUUUGUUGGAGAAGAUCACAAAAUCCUUGAAUGUCACCAUUCCAGCCUACAUCCUACGCUCCCGCGAUCCUAGGAACAUUAUGAUGACAUUAUUCUCUAUGUGGCUUCCGCUAUCUACAGCUGUCCUGGUAUCGGUCAUUGAAUAUCUUCCUAGCCCUCCAGCCGCUCAGGCCACCCGUUUACCAGCUCUGAUCGAAGGCUCUCCAGGAGCCGACUUCAUCGACCCGAAGGUCAAGAAUGCAAUGAUCCAGUUCAAGACAGACAAAGAUGAGCCGGUUGUGGCAUAUGUCAGUAAGAUGGUCGCCAUACCUGAAAGUGAACUGCUGUCUAGUAAGAAGCGCUCCGGUGCUACCUUGUCGGCAGACGAGGCCCGAGAAAUUGCGCGCAAGAAGCGUGAGGAGAUUGCAAAGAUGCAAGCCGAGGCAGGGGUCACUAUCGACCAGACUGGCGACUACGCUCGCAUCACAUCGGCCUUCGAAGUGACUACACUCGAUGACAACGAGGAGCAGGCUGAGCUGGAGGAGAAGGAAGAUCCUGAGCACCUGAUUGGAUUUGCAAGACUCUACUCGGGCACCCUUUCUGUGGGUGAUAGUGUCUAUGUUCUUGCUCCCAAGUUCUCUCCGUCCCAUCCCCAUGCAAGCCCUGAGCCACAGAAAGUUACCGUUACGGACCUGUAUCUCCUCAUGGGCAGAAGUCUGGAGCCACUGCAAACCGUCCCUGCCGGCGUGAUCUUUGGCAUUGGUGGCCUGGCAGGCCAUGUCCUCAAGAACGGAACUCUUUGUUCGCAACUUGAGGGUGGUAUCAACUUGGCUGGUGUCUCACUCAGCGCUCCGCCAAUUGUGCGAGUUGCACUUGAGCCAAUGAAUCCUGCCGAUCUCAACAAAAUGGUCAUAGGCUUGCGGAUGCUGGAACAAAGCGACCCAUGUGCAGAAUAUGAGGUUCUCCCCAGUGGCGAGCAUGUGAUCUUGACUGCGGGCGAAUUGCAUUUGGAGCGGUGCAUAAAAGAUCUCCGCGAGCGAUUCGCAAAGUGUGAGAUCCAGACCGGGCAGACAAUCGUGCCGUAUCGGGAGACAAUCAUCAGCAGCUCUGAGAUGGCAGCUCCCAAGAAACCUGAACUCGGCAGAGGAGGUGUGCUUGCGGUUUCACCUUCUAAACAGCUGACUGUCAAGCUGCGUAUCGUGCCCUUGCCCGAAGCUGUUACGGAGUUCUUCAGCAAACACGUCGGAACGAUCAAGCGCCUGCAGGCGGAGAAGCGAUCAGCAGCGGAAGCUAAGUCUGACGAAGAAACGAACAACGAGCAGUCAGAUACAGUCCAGCCAGCCGAGACUGCCGAUGCCGCUGGAGAGGCCCGGGAGGGCAGCCAUCUUUCCUUGAACGACUUCAGACAGGAGCUCGCCAAGAUCUUCGAUCAAGAAGUCAAAGAGGACAAAGAGCUAUGGAAGGAUGUCGUGGAUAGAAUCACGGCGUUCGGUCCCCGGCGAGUAGGGCCCAACAUCCUAGUCGAUGCUACCGCAGUCAAUACCUGCGACAAAUUCCUCGUCGACGACCCCAAGCAGCAAUCCAACAGCACAGAAGACAGCACCCGUGACGCCCUGAUCGUCCGCGACUUCUGCGACAAGAUCGCAUAUGCCUUCCAGCUCGCUACAGGCCAAGGCCCCCUCUGCCAAGAACCCAUCCAAGGCAUCGCCGUCUUCCUCGAGGAAUUCACCGUCAACUCCAACGGCGAAGAACUAGACCUCGGCCGCCUCACAGGCGAAGUCAUCCGCCUCGUCCGCGAGAGCAUCUCACAGGGUUUCCUCGACUGGAGCCCGCGGAUCAUGCUCGCGAUGUACAGCUGCGAGAUCCAAGCAUCUACUGAGGUCCUCGGCCGAGUCUACGGCGUUAUCACUCGCCGCCGCGGCCGGAUCCUCUCCGAGACUAUGAAAGAGGGUACUCCCUUCUUCACCAUCCUGGCGCUCCUCCCCGUCGCCGAGUCGUUCGGUUUCGCGGAGGAAAUUCGCAAGCGGACGUCGGGCGCUGCACAGCCGCAGCUCAUCUUUGCGGGCUUCGAGGCGCUGAACGAGGAUCCGUUCUGGGUUCCUGCGACGGAGGAAGAAUUGGAGGAUCUGGGUGAGUUGGCGGACCGUGAGAAUGUGGCGAAGCGGUAUAUGGAUGCGGUGCGUAGGAGGAAGGGACUGGUUGUUCAGGGAAGGAAGUUGAUUGAUGCAGAGAAGCAGAAGACUUUGAAGAAGUAA